AUGGGUAUGACAACUGUUGGGCCAAGAAUAACGAAUAGAAUGCAACUACAAACUAUCAUGAAGUCCUUCGCGAAGAUUUUCUUUAUAAGUUUGCCCACAUUCAUUUUUCUCGUUAUCUCGGCAUUUUUACCCACUAUCGCACUCGGUGAUCCCACUACAACCUUGACCAUACCCGUAAUGCAAUGGAUAAAUCUUGGAGCGAAUCUAAAGGGAAAUGCGCCUGUGGGGUUGAAGGAUUUCGGUAUUGGUUAUUCUAAAGACAAGAAUAUGUUGAUUAUUUUUGGCGGAACUACGGCGAGCGGUAAUAAAAAUGGUCAAACAUAUCUCGCUGAUUUAAACAAUCUUGUCUGGAGUUCACCAUCGGAUCCACAUGGUCCACAAGCAAGAUCAGAUAUGCUUUACGGAAUGGACGUUUGGGGCUCGUAUCGAAAUACAUUUGUGAUCUCUUGUGGUAAAGGAGAUGGGGAUGUUAUAUUUAAUGACACGUGGGCGUUUGAUGUGAAUUAUGGAACCUGGACACAGAUAAAAGAUGUUACAUCAAUGAGUGGUCCUGUACCUCAGUUAUAUUCUGCAGUUGGUGGGAUUGAUACUACCACCCAGACAGGAAGCCAAGUGACUCCAAACAAUACGAUGUGGAUGUCUCAUGGAACCGAUGGAACUAAAUUUUACACUGAUCUUUGGGCUCAGGUGUUUAGAGGAAGUUGGACACCUAAUGAAAUGAACUUAUCUACUGUAUGGUAUAAAGUUCCGACUUCUGGUGAAUUACCCCAAGGUCGAAAGGAACCUGGUGGUGCCAUCCUUCCAGGAGGUCGAUUGGCUAUAUACGGUGGGUGUAAUGAAUCUACGGCAGAUUGUGCAAUACCAGAUGUAUCCGCCCUGGUUUUGGGAAGCGAUUACAACAAAGGUACUCCAUUAAGCGUAACUAAUGCAUUUUGGAGUUCGAAGAGUCAGUGUUUAGGUGCGAGAGAAGAUGCGGCAAUGGUGAUGAACGGUAAUUCUGGUGUUCCAGCUUAUACCACUCAAGUCAUAGUUUUCGGUGGGAAAUCAUCUAAAAACUCACCUGUCGGCGAUACUGGUGAAGUUGGUAUUAUGGAUACUAGCUCGGGCGUUUGGGCGAGAGUAAUUCCACAGGGUGAUUCCUUACCAAAGACUCGAGCGGGAGCUCGAAUGGUUGCGACCGGCAACGUUGUUUAUUCAUCCUCUUCCAGUUCUGGCGUAUCGGAUAUUUUAAUGUUUGGUGGAGAAGCAUUGGAUGGUAGCUCUACAAAUUUGAAUGACCUAUGGAUUCUUCGCCUAUCCAAUACUCCUACUUCGUCUUCAAAUGCAACUAAAAUGAAUUUCUUGGAUUGUAUCAUAAGCCCCGACAAAGGAAAUACACAUGAUAAUACACCUUCCGGAAAUGUUAAUUUUAACAAUGAAAAUUUAUCUAAAUCUCACUAUCUCCUCACUACAUUGAGUUAUAUAUUCUUAUUUAUUGCAACAACAGUUUUGAGAUUUGGUUAUGGUGUUGUUUCAAUAUGGAGAAUUGGUAGUAUUUAUGGUGCAUUAAUAGUGGCCUCUUAUGCUACUGCAUUUUAUGGAUUUGCUGUAGCAUUUGAAGAUAAACAUCAAUCACAUUUUUCGACUACUCACGGCAUACUGGGAUUAUUAUUUUUAGCGGUACUAUAUGUUCUUAUCCCAAUUUUGGCCAUGAUCUCAUUGAUCAACAAGAAGGACUCUGUGCCGCAUACGCCGCCCGGAGAGUCGAAUGAUCACGAGGAUGAAAGUAGUGGUGGUGGCAUUGGUAGCAGGAUUGCUACACUUUUCCACCUUAAAAGUCCAGAAAGUAGCAAGUCACCAAGAUCAUUUGAGGUCAAUCGAAAUGGGAAUAGAGAAGAUGAUCCAUCAAUGCUUAAGCCAGCUGGAGAUUCGUGGGUGGAAAAACGAAAAAGCGUCACAGAAUCUGCGGUCUACAACACUUCAUCGAGAGGUAGCAUGUCAAAUUCCAAACGUGUUUCUCAGAGAUACCCAAAGCGCAGAAACAGUCUAUUGGUCAAUUUAAUGGCACAUAUUGCAGGCAGAGGAGGCAGGGUCGAGGAUAAUGAAAAUCCCCAUGGUGAAUCAGAAAAUGAAAAUAGGGAUAGCAGGAUUAUUGGUCGAAGUCCUGGAACAGGCACAUCACAUAGAGAGGUGAUCGAGGAAGAAGAAAUGGAUGAAGAAACAAAACAGGCGGAACUGGAACAGGAAAUUACUAAUAGAGAAGUUAUGGUUAUGACAAUACCGAAAAGGAGGUUGACCGUGGUCAACGCUUGA